AUGUCAAGAGCUGAAAAGAAUAACAAAUCAUAUAAUGCAACUAGAUUCAGAAAGCUACUAUAUUCCAAGUUGAAUUCAUCGAAAAGUUCCGGAUUAGGCGGCGAAUUUCUGUUAAAUAGAGACAACAGUGACUUGAUGAUACACAUACUUUACCUUUCUUUCAUAGAUGAACUCACAACAGAGGCAAGCAAGAAUCUCACAGGCCCAGGAAGUGAUGGAGAGAUCACAGAACAAAGAAUAGACGCUGUAAAGCAGAAGGUAAUGGACAGGUACAAGGCAUGA